GAAAUAAUGUAGUAUAAUAAUGUAGUAUUAUUUCAUUUUAUAAUUGAAAUUGGUAGUUUUUAUUGAAUAAAUACGAGGGGUGGAGUUAUUUAUUUCCUGUUUGUUGUGAAAACGAGUAAACACUUUCUCGAAUAAGUAUCAGAUUUCACGUCGAAUGAAUCGCCUAGAAGUGUUUUUAUUCGUCGCCUAUUGUUCGAAUAAAAUGUUGGCCAUCUCUGCGCGGCCCUGUGUAACGCAAGUGACACACUAAUCUGCGGUGGAAGCCCGGUCGGUAGGCAUGCGCAGAAUUCCCAUGGUGCGAGUUUUAUAAAUCGAUGCAGGCGAAAUUGCAAAAUGAUUCGCGUAAUGUUCGUUUUGGGUGUGGUUUACGCGGCUUGGCGAGUAUAUCCCGCCACACAACCGCGAGCAAGGCCGACGAGCAUGGGACCGAAGGAGUUUGUAAUCGAAACACCGCUCGGGAUCCCAGCUUCCUUUAACCCUUUGAGUUGCUGGAUGCUCCUUGCCAAAGUCAUCCGCGUGGACGAUGAGAGCUUCUAACGGUUAAUGUGUGAACUAUGCUAAUGGAGUUUAUGAGGAUCCACAAAGUUGCUAUUGUAAUUGGUUUAUGUUGAAUUAAACAUAAUAACUCCAGAAAAUUAUUUUCAUCGUUAUGAUCGGCAUACGCGUUGGGAUACGCAUAUAAAUGUCCACAGCACUCAAAGGGUUAAAUGCAAAGUCUAAAAAAAAUAUUUUUCUCGUCAGUUGGAAAAAUUAUACAAUUUCAUAAUUACGAUUAGUGAACGAUGAGUAAUCAUGAUUAACCUUUUGCACUGGAAUGACGUUAGAAUUUGAAAUAAUGUGCUACACUUGUUGAUAGUCGAUUACCCUACAACAAAAUUAUAUAACAAAAUCUAAAUGAUUCUCUUUUUCGAAGUUUCGAUAUGAAAUACCACAAGGCAACCUCAAUUAACAUACCAUACACCUAUUCUUCGUUCUCAAUUGGAUAGUUUACGUAGCACUAACAAGACUUCCACAAAUUAUUUUUUCGUCCAACAUACUAACAAAGGAAGUGUCUGUUAAAAAUGAUAAUUAUUACGAUUCCAAAUUACAAAUCAAGCUCAUGAUUGCUCAUUAAUCUGACAAUCGUUGGCAAGUUGUAUAAAAGCAAUUAUCAAGUAAUUAUUACCUUGGUCGGUAACCGGAAGUUCUACUCGUUUCCUGGGCGUCAACAAUAAUUCACGAUCAUUUUAUUUCUCUCUACUUUUCUACUUUUCAUAAAAUUACUUUGCUUUGGGCAAACUUGAUCCACACGAAUUUGCCUGAAACUCGGUAAGCUCGGUUCAAGUGUGUUAAUCCCUUGCCUUGCGAUUUAAUUUGCGAACGCGUGUGCCAUAGCCAGCCGCUGAAUUAAUCAUGCACCCAAAAAGACGCGCAAUCUGCUUUUUCCACUCGGCUGGAAGCCAAUGGAAUCGCGAGGUAACGGUUUGUAGAAUUAAUUCUUUUAAAGAAGAUCGUAUAUUGAAAUGGAACAAAGAAAACACAAAUAGGGCAUGAUUCUAUUUUAUUUUUGAUAGUAAAGGGAAAAUAUGAUUAGUAUUCAAAAGUAUCACGAAGAAAACGAUAGAAAUAACUACAGCUCGAUAUUAGCUUGUUUUUUAAAUUUUUAUGCUCAAUUUCAUAUUCUGUAAAUUUAGAGAUUUCAGUUAUUUUUGCCACUGUUUCUAUAUUUUUGUUAUUCUUGUAAUAAUUUAUGUACAGAUGAGAAAAUACGAAUAAAGGUUAAAUUGGCGAUGUUAGAGGAAGAAGGAAACUUUGAGGAAAAGUAAAGGUGAAUCUUAAAUUAGAGAUAUUAAAAAUACAAGGAAACUUGAAUAAAAAAUGACGAUGAAUAUUAAAUUAGAGAUAUUAUAAAUACAAGGAAACUUUAGCAAAAAAUGGAAAUGAAUCUUAAAUUGGAAAUUUUAUGGAUAUAAGGCAACUUUAAAAUAUAAACAUGAAUUUUACAUUGGAGAUAUAGAGAUCCUAGUAGACUUUAACAUGAAAUGCAGGUAAAUCCUAAAUUAGAGGUAAUGGAAACACAAGAAAACUUUAGUAAAAAAUGAAGAUGAAUCUUAAUUGGAGAUGCUAGGGACACAAAGAAACUUUAACAAAAAAUGAAGGUGCAUUUUAAAUUGUAGAUACCGGGGAUACAAGGAAAAAUAGGGAUAAAUCUUAAUUGGAGUUAUUAGGUGUACAAGGAAACUUUGAAAAGAGUAUAUUUCUCUGGGAAUAUUUUUACGCAUUCAAGGAAAGGUUGGCACGUUACCGAAUAUGCACGGAGAAUGUUGGACACGCUCGUAAUUUAAAUACUGUAAGUGAACGGAAGCACACGAAAUGAUUAGCGAGUUUUAAAAAUAGUGAUCUCGAAACCGAAGAAAAGCGAGCAGAACUUUCCAAUCCGAUGCUUGAAUCGUUAUCACGGAUUAUCCCUAUCGCGAUAACUUUCACUGUAAUUCGCGCCUGUAAUCAUUUUUCAUUGCUCUCCGACGUUCGAUAAACUCUGCUUAAUAAACUCUUCUCUUAUUUAAUAUUGAUUAAUUCGUGGGAAUAAAUAUAAUAGUAUGCUCAUCGACUCGAUUCGACCCGAGCAUUUUAUUUGAUCUGUAUUCGAUACAAUAUAACUUUUUUAUUAUAUCCUCCUGAUAAUUCACAAUUUAUUUUGAAUAUAAAUAUUCGAUAAAUUGAUUUAUGAUAUAAUCUAGGAAUAAUAUUAAAUUUUGAAUUUAGAAAAUGGAGGGUGAUUAGGAACAUAUGUUUACACGUGUAUUUACAAUAAUUUGGAAUAGGUAUAAAUGUGUUACAUGGCAUAUUUUUGGAUAAUUACUAGGUAACAUUUUUAACAAUUCAAAAUCUUUGUAAAUGCGUGUUCGUCACACUCCUUUUUGUCAACUUAAAAUUUAAAUUUGGAGGAGACUUAUCAAUUGAAACAUCUCUUAGACCUUCUUAAAAGAUGAUUUCACAUACACCUUCUCCUAAUAAGUCAAUUACUACCCAUGAUUAAUUAUCAUGGUAGAUUAUUUUAUAUUCCUACAUUUAAAUUUAAUUUUGAUCUUUAAUACCUUCACGAUCCAAAUUCCGUAUAAUCACAUUAAAUGAUUAUAUAUACCCUCCUAAAUUCCAUAGCACCGAAAGGGUUAAACCUCCGAAUCUCCACCAAUAAAGUUUAAUUUCAAUUCCCCAUCGCGUAUCUCACCGAAAAUAGCGCGAGCCGCGAAUCGAGAGCAUUAUGGGUCGAAUAAAAUGCUCGAGUUGCCUCGUAAACACAUCAUUCCCUGCAUUGUUUUUGUUUUAUCAUCGCAGUAGCGGCCGUUGCCGCGGAAAUAUUUCCAUUCGGUGGUCAUUUGCAUCCACAGACCAGCCCUGGCACACGCUCGAAACCGCACACGGACGCGCCCAACUUAAACUGCGCGCACACGUUUGCUCCUUAUAGCUAACCGUGAAAACAGGCGUAAUAACGAACUUCCUAACGAGAUCAUUAACUGCAUUCCUUGCGGUAGUCGAGUAUCGUAGGUACUCGUGUUUCCUUUCUUUUUUUUUGUUGUCAUUUUUCUUUCUCCCCACUGUUUCGCGUUCGCCUCUUCUAAUUUGCAGAAGGUGCACUGGCCUGGCCACGUGUUCCGUUCGUUCGUUAGGUCAGUCGAGCCUCACGGGGUCUGCGUCCGAUUAAAAUUUCGGUGCGCAGAAAUAUAGACGCUUUCUCUCUCGAGCCACUCGAGUCUCAUGUUCUCCUCUACGCGUUUCGCAUCGAUUGAGAGAGGAAAUCACGUUAGAAAGUCAAGCAUUAAAUGUUUCUCGGGAUAUUUUUUUUUUCGAAGAAGAAGAAGAAUUUACGUAAAAUUUUUUGAACUUUGAGAAUGUUUAACAUUUUAAAGCAGUGUUUGCUUAAAGUACGAAACUUGCCAUAGAGAUCGAGUGAUAUCUCAAAGGUUUUUUAAAUGAAUUCAAAGAAUUACCUAACGUACUUUAAACCACACUUGGAAUAUUCUCAAAGUAAGAUAAACAUUACAUAAAUUCUUCUUUGUAAAAUAGAUAUUGUGAGAAAUACUUAAUACUUGGACUCCUGAUAUUUCGAUCAUUUAAUACUUGGAUCAUCUUGGACGCGUGAAAAUCAUGGCUAUGUUCAACAAUUAACGCGCGACGAUUGGGCACCCGUGAAAAAUGGACGAUACACGACUAAUAAUGAGAGAGUUGUACGAGUACUUUGAAAAAACGAUCGAAGUUUUGGGCUGUGGGUUACAGUGCCACUGCAGGGAGGAAGAAAGAACGGUCCUGGACCGAGGGGAAUGUGGUGCUGCGAGUGAGCGGAAUGCGGACAGUGCUGAUCAAUUUUGCUUUGGGAAGGUUGGCUGCAACGACUGGACCAAUGCGAUUUUAACAGUGAAACUGCCAUAAAGGAUUUUUCAAAAUAGCAUUUUUGAUAAUAAUAUACUCUUGGCACAUUUGAAGGAGUAUUUCACCUUAGAACGUCAAUUUCAAAUUACACUUUUGAAUUUUUCCCUUAAAAUCCACGAGAAUAUACAUUAUUUAUUUUCAAUAAUAAUGAUCAGAAUUAAACGUAAUACAAGUGAUCUUAUACAGACCCUUAUAAUAAAAAUAUGUUCAUGGUUAGAAACACGCGUAUUCAUUAAUAUGAGUUGCCAUGUAUCACCAAUCAUUCUGUUUACAUUCAGCAAAAUUUUAGUUCAGUUUUGGCAACUAAGAAAAAUUGAAAUUUGAUCCCAUUUCUCUAGAUUGAUCUUAGUGUUCAUUGCCUGCAUCGAUCAUACGCCACCAGCGAUCUCUAGCUCCUUCACAGGCAGUGUAAUCACAACCUUAUUCGAUUCGAAUGUCCAAACCAAACCGAGUCGAAUUUUCGACCCCUUCUGGUAGCUAAAGUAAAUUUCCAAAAAAUUCCAACUACUCAAAUCGCUUAAAUUUGAAUGAAAUAGUAUCUACCUCGAACAGACUGAUUCAAUUUUUCUUCCCAGCUCGAAUUCACGUUCGAUCAGCUCUAAAUCGAACGGUUCACUUGCGAAACGCCAGUUUCAAAAAUACUCUCGCAAAGUUGUUUUGAAUAGCGGUAAAAAAAAAAAAAAAAAGAGAGAGAGAGAGGAAAUUGGCGUAAGCGGCGCGAUGUCUGGACAGUGACGUAAAUUUUACAACGGGCCUUCAAUCGUAUGCGCGUUCGACGGGUGCGAAAUUGGACUUUAAAGCAGGUGUGAACGUGUAGUUAAGCUAAACUGCACGUAACGAAGUGUUACACGCAUCCGGAGAGAAAGAGAGAGAGAGAAAGGAGAAAACAGUGUUAUUCGAUGAUGAGUUUGUUCCUCCUGUGACCUUGGGUGUUGAAAUGACGUAUGCGAGACUGUUUAUUAGUGCUUUUUUUUUUACGGAACAGUUACGCGUUUCGACGAGUCUCAAUUUCUUGGUGCAAGAAGAGAUUACGCAAUGUCAUACUUUUUAAUUUUGCUAAUUUCUUGAGAUUAUUCAGGAUUUUGGCACAUAUUUUUAUUUUGUCUUCUCAUUUUAUUACGUCAGUCAUGUAUACCAAUAUAGAUUCACCAUUAAUAUUAAUAUCAAUAUUCAUUUAUCACAGAUGAUUUUUACUGUACAUUUACUUCCAAGAAAGUCUACAUUUCAUCAAUUUGUACCAUGAAAAUUUCAUUCGGAAUUCAGCCAAACAAAUCGCAUCGCGUGCCGUAGGUUUGCCCCCUGACCCAGAUGACCGACAUCUUCGCGAAUCAUUAACGUAUCUGCAAUCCUCCAAAAAAGAAAUGACCGUUAAUAAAUAUGACGUAAGCGUGGCCACAGGUAUCGACGCACGGGCUAAAAGCGUCUUUGCUGGUUAAAGCAGAAGCAUCAACUCUUCUGAAAUCGUAACAACGAGUUCGUUCCCGUACGGUACUCGAAAACACGUCUCGAGCACCCACGUUCACCGAAGGAACAAAGAAAGAAAAGUUUUGCUUUUCCCGAACGAGGUAAUUAACUGAUUACGGCGGAUCAUUAUCCACUUGGUGGCGUGUACGCGCGCGAAUGUGCUCGCGCACGCGAGUCGGAGAUCAAUCUGAAUUUUCAGGGUUAUAAAAGCGUGGCUAAUUAUCAGACAUUGUCUCCUCCCCCACUUGGAUUCAUCCGCUUGAACCUCUUUUUCCUUUCGCGCUUCGAGUUUCAUGCGCCGAUGGGCCUUCAUUGUGACGCUCGCAGUCGAUCAUCGAUCGGACGCAAACCCCUUGGAACUCGUUUCGAGAGGACUCGAGAGGGUGCAUCGUAACUUGUGGGUGCUGUGUCUUUGCAGCAUUUUAUGUGUAUAGAACGACCUAGGGACACGAGAAGGAUUAAACGAAAUAUGUUGAGAAACGAGUGAAAUAUUUCAUAUUUAUUUGGUAUGCCUUGGUAUUCCUAAAAUUCGAUUCGCGAGAAUUUUUAAGGAUGUACUAUCACUUUUAUGGACUCCAUUAUUUAUAAUCGUUUUAUCUUCAGAGUGAUCUCAGAACGUGAAGAUGAUUUACUGAAAUAUAUUGAAAAACGAGUGAAAUAUUCCAUAUUUAUCUGAAAUGGAUUGAUUCUUAAUAAAUCAAUUAGAGAGGAUUGAAAAAUGUGCACCUCGACUUGAGAACGUUAAAUUUGUAAUCAUUUUAUAUCCAGGAUGAUUUCAGUACAUAAAGAUGAUUUACUGAAUUGUGUUGAAAAACGAUUGAAAUAUUUCACGUUCAUCUCAAGUGUCUUUAUACCUUAAAAUUCAUUUAAAGAGGAUUCAACGAGACUGUAUCCUAUCCUGUGUUGUAUUUUUAAUCAUUGUAUAUGCAGGGUGAUUUCAGGGUGUAAAAAUGAUUGUAUCUAGAGUUCACUUGAUACCCACACGAUGCAUCUUGUAGGUUUGAUUUAAAUGCACUCACUUAUGCAAUAAAUCAUUUAAAAGUUGAGAAAGUUGUUUGGUUUGUAAGAAAAAAUCUGAGGGUACGACCAAUUGUGAUUUCGAUCACUAUAUUCGAAGAUUUCAGGACUUGUAUUUAUUCUAAAGGAAGUUAUGUGUUUCUAUUAUUAUUAUAUUAAAUUAAAUAUUAAAUCUAUCUUAUAAUAUCGUUUAGUAUAGUAGUAUAGUAUCGUUUUCUACGCUUCAUACUGAUUUCAAUUGCUAUUAAACUACAUACUGGUAUUUCAUAUUACACUGUUCUUCGAUCGAAGAAACUAGAAUCAUUAUUCAAAUUCGAAAUCAAUUGAGCUCACUUGCUCAUAACGAUACCUAAUAAAAAACUGUGUAUAAACGUGUUAUCCAGCUCGUUGAAUAUUUCUUGAGUUAUGGUAAUGGAAGAUAAUUUUCCGCAAGGUUGUCACUUCUUAGUUUUCAAGAUCGACAAUGAUUUCUUUAAAGCUAAUCGCAAACUUAACGCGACGUGUUUGUACGGUGUUAUAAAGUUACGUGUAUUCAUUACGGGGUAUAUCAUACGAAUCGCUCAGGUAAAUUAAUACCUCAGAAGCAAUCGCAUGCAGAGUAACAAUAACAUUGCUACGUAGUUCGAUCAAUCAUGUGCACUCUGUGACAAAAUUAAAGGAGCACCUGAAACUUCUGGGAAAAUCACAGAAUUCGUGGAUUUGAAUUUCGUGGAAAUUAGUUGAUUAAACAAUAUAAAAAGAAAAUAUUUCCAUGUAAUCAUCACAUUUUUUCCAGCGAAAUAUGUAAGAUUUUUUUUAUUAUAUUAAUAUUUGAUCGUUUAUGGAAGUUUGAGUACCGUAAUUGUAGGCUAAAUUUGUAUGUGUUACUUUCGAACGAUGCCAUUUUAUUAAAACUGUACAUUUCUGGAAACUGCUAUGAACUCUAUAAUUUUAGUCCUGCAGACAUUCUCGUGCGAAUCAGUCUGUCAACGUGUUAAUCUUGUCGCGGAGUGUACCAUUGCGAAACCGUGGUCAGGUUUUCUCCCAUUCGAACCAAACAACUGUCUCAUCUUUUCAAUGCUCUAAGAAGUAAUUGAACGUGUGCAUUUAAACCGGAUACGUACCGCAGAACGAACGCCGCCAGGCGAUCGUCAAACAUUAUGCGUCAGCAAGCCGCGAAUCGAGCGAGCACGAAUUACCUGCUCGUUGUGGAUCACCUUGAGGUCGGAUCCCCGCGUCGAGUCGUCGAUUUUCUCACACUUGCGCAUCGUUUGGCCUUUCAUCUUGUCCCCGUCUUCCACAUUUUAUUUUUUUUUUUUUUUUUUUUUUUUUUUUUUGGUGACAAUUUGAUUUCACAUAUCUCCGUUUGAUACGAACUCCUUUGAACUACUAACCAACAUCUCACUGCAUCCGCAAUGACGAUCGUUUUUGCUCCUAACUACCUUUGUUUUUUGCCCUCCUUUGUUUCAGUUUUUCUUUCACUAUUUUUUGCCUCUUUCGUUUUCACUUUGGUGUGACGAGUUCGGUUUGUUACGUAGUGCCUGCUUUGAUUUAGCCGGACGCGCGAGGGCUGGAACAUCCUCGACGAUGAUUUCUCCGUCUUCGCGAAAAGAAAAGAGCAAAUCGAUUAACAGGACAGAUGAGUAAGAAACGUAGAGAAAAGGUUGAAAGAUAGCUGAUAUGCGUCGUGGACAUAUCGACGUAACGUUUGCGCCUUUUUCUCUUCCCUGGUUUCGUGGUUUCUCCUAUGUUCGUCUCAUCGGGAGUGAAAUAAUUUCAGGAACGACGAUCUGCUACAACUGGCUACCCCCACUGUCAGUGUCGCCGGGUGGCGAUAACGCAACGUGGGUCACUUGGAAAAUGGCCCUGACGAUAGCGAUACCGAUAUGUGCGAUCUGCGUGGUUGUUAUGAUCAUUUAUCAUAUACACAUGACCAAAACGAGGCCUGGGGGCCAUUUCCCUGACGACUCGCUCGAGGCGCCCGAUCGACCCAUCCUGGGUGGUGUCACCAUCAAGGACAUGCUGGAGAUGACGACAAGUGGCAGUGGCUCAGUAGGCCUGCCGCUCCUGGUACAGCGGAGCAUAGCACGCCAGAUACAACUCGUGGAGACGAUCGGUAAGGGUCGCUUCGGCGAGGUCUGGCGUGGCCGUUGGAGGGGUGAGAACGUCGCAGUGAAGAUCUUCAGCUCCCGCGAGGAGAGGUCUUGGUUCAGGGAGGCCGAAAUUUAUCAGACGGUGAUGCUGAGGCACGACAAUAUCCUCGGAUUCAUCGCUGCCGAUAACAAAGACAACGGCACCUGGACUCAAUUAUGGCUGAUCACGGAUUACUUCGAGAAGGGUUCGUUGUUCGAUUAUCUGAACAGAUCUACCGUGGACACGAACGGCAUGAUCAGAAUGGCGUUGUCCAUCGCCACUGGACUGGCGCAUCUUCACAUGGAGAUCGUCGGCACGCAAGGGAAGCCAGCGAUCGCUCACAGGGAUCUCAAGUCGAAGAACAUACUCGUGAAGACCAAUGGUACGUGUGCCAUUGGUGACCUUGGACUGGCCGUCAGACACGACGUGAUAACGGACACUGUCGAUAUCCAGCUCAACAACCGAGUGGGAACCAAGCGAUACAUGGCACCUGAGGUUCUCGAAGAGACGAUAAACAUGAACCACUUUGAUUCCUUCAAGAGGGCUGACGUGUACGCUCUCGGGCUGAUCCUCUGGGAGAUCGCCAGGCGAUGCAACGUCGGCGGGAUCCACGACGAAUAUCAGUUACCGUUUUACGACUUGGUGCCUUCUGAUCCAACGAUCGAGGAGAUGCGCAAAGUUGUGUGCACCGACAAACAGAGGCCGUCGAUACCGAAUCGGUGGCAGUCGAUCGAUGCAUUGCAGGUGAUGUCGAAGGUGAUGAAGGAGUGUUGGUACCACAACGCGGCAGCUAGGCUAACCGCCCUUAGGAUUAAAAAGUCUCUCGCCAAUUACGGCGCGAUGGAAGACUUGAAGUAAAAAUAAAGACGUUAUCGGGACGCACCAGUCCGUUCGACUGGUCGCCGGACACGACGAAGAGAAUUAUAGUGCCCGAAAAACACACGUGGACACUCGUGCCGUAACACUUAUCGCAAUAAAACUGUUCAAGUGUCGUGUUAUCGCGCACCCGCGAGAAGUAGAGGUAUAUAUAGAACGAUAGAGAAUCAGAAAAUAAUGAAAAUGGGAAACUGGUACGAAACGGGAAUUCUAUAGCGAAGCAGAGAGCCUAACGAAAGACUGGUCGAGAAAUCGAGACGACGUUCCUUUAAUCGCGUUGAUUUCGUCGAGUCGUGCCCUAAUUUUGUGUAUCAAACCCUUUACGAGAUCGUGGAAUUGUUCUGUGAGGUCGUGUUGUCGGUGUACUCGAUGAGAAUUUUUGUUUCACAACGUUUGAACGAGCAAUGACUGACGGGAUAUACGAACAGGGUCGGCGGAGAUCGGAGAUGGGCGAAAUUCUUUUAAGGAUGUCGAAUAAUGAAGGACAUAUGAAUAAUUUAUUGUUCGCUACUAGUUGAACAGACUUCACAAUUUGUACAUGAAAUGUCUCUACUGCUUUUAAUGAUCGGAAGAUGUGUCGAAGUGGAAAAUGUUUGGUUUAGAAGACUCUGACAUUUACAUUUAGUGAAUCUUUACUAGAGACAAAACAUUCUUGUACAUUUAUAAAUUUUUUAAGAAUAAUUCCUUAGAAGGCCAUCCUCGGGUAUGUUAUACCUAUAUAUUAUACCUGUUUGAAUUUAUCUUUUUAUUAUUACAACAAUGAAAAUACACUGGAAUAAUUUGUCUAUCUCUCUCUAAACCAGACAUUGUCCUCUUGUAACAUAACUCCGUAUCAUUAAAAGUAACGAAGAUAUUUUAGGUACAAAGUUUGAAAGAUUCACCCCAUAUAUCACACAUUGAACAAACAAAAAUCACAGUGGACCUAUUCAAUCGAAUGAAUGUCUUAAACACGUAUUAUUCUCAAAAAAUUUUGCCCAUCUCCGUUUGGAGAUCUUCCAAAUGGAACAUUGAACUUCUGGUUGCUCGAUCGAUCGAUCGAUCCUAACCGGGAAUGAGCGCGCGCGUACGCGUUCGGUUAAUCGAACGGUCCACGCCUGGUCACGCGUCACACUACUGCUGUAUAUUUAUUGAUAGUAAACGAUAAGGUAAUGAAGUAUAUAAAUUUAUUAUAUAGCGACGUUUAUUGAGUAAUAUUAACGAUUAACGAUAAAUUUGUAUAUUAAUAUAUACACACGUAUAAUUAUGUAUAUUCGUUAUCGGCCAAACCGAUUCGAUUAACUGAACUGAUUUGUAUUCUUUAAGAGGUUUACCAGAGGAGGUUUCCAUUCCAUUAAUCACGAUUAUACGUAAAAUUGGCGCAACGAACGAAUCGAUCGACGCUCCAGGGGAUUCGCUCUCCGCCCCGCGACAUUUUGAUUUCGUACACCUUUGGAUCAAUUCAAGAGAGAUUAUAUAGAGAAGAAAAGUCAGUGGAAAAAGCGAAUAAGAGAAAAAGAGAGCACACGCCUGUUCUUCUCUAAUAACGCGUGCUCAUUAAUCCUUAGCAGUCCAAAUUUUAUGAUUUCAGGACAGUUCUGUCGAGUCUCACUCGACAUAGGACAACAAAGGGUUAAGAAACUUUGGUGUUCCUGUUCAUUUAUUUGUUGAGGGUGCCUAGCUCGCGAUUGGCUAUAACAGCUAAAGAAACUUUAGUGGGAGAGAAUACGAAUUGAGAAGAAAUGUCGAGAAAUGUGAGUUCGUUCAUCGAGUCUUAAAAUUCUGAUGCCCAUCAAAACAUAGAAACAGAGAUACUUUCUCCAUUUGUUCUCUCUUUCUACGCACUACCUCCACUUAGGCUCCAAUGACUCUACUCUGUCUAUAUGAUCUCUCUGAUCAAUCCACAAGGAUGGCCUCCACGUCAGGGUUUUUUACUGUAACGUAUUCUCCUCUUCUUUCUUUUUUCUACAUUUUCGUCAAUGUAGAUUCGUCGCUACCGGUGCGCGCAGAGACUGGACCUUUUUAUUCAACUUUUGUUGGGAGUAUAUACCGUACACCGUGUUACAAGAGAAAUGCAUAACUUUGUUUCUCGUUCUUUCGCGACUGCAGGAUCGAGUUCGUCGAUUCUGUAAACAUACAGGGUAGAUAGAGAGAAACCGAGCAAUUGUGGUUACCGAGUACGUAAGUGGCCGAGGACAGUGAAGAACACAGACACACGUGGCUUUUGUUCGAAAGGUACCAAGAUCGUACGAACGCUGACCUGAACUUUUUUUUUCUAAAAAAAAAAAGAAGAAAAGAAAACGAAAAAGAAAAAAAUAAAUGAAUGCAACCGUUGCUUUUCGACCCCCGUGAAAGCGCAAUUUUCACACGUAUCACCUUUCCGGACGCUAAGUUUCUACUCGAGGUUUUUACAACAACGAAGUUUACUCCGCGACUUCCGGGCUUGAUUUUUUAAACGAACCGCGUCACGUCUAAUGUAUACAUAUUGUUAGUCUGUAGACAUACCCAGAUGUUUUGCUCAAGACAAAAUAUUUUUGCGUAUCGUAAAUGCGCGUGUUGAAAGGCGGUGCGUCAUGAUAACGCGGGACUUUUCGAAGCGUGUUUCCUUUGUAACACAGGAAGGCUGAAAUUGAAGGGUGCUAAGCUCAAGAAUGAAUGUAUACGGUGUAUCGCGUGAUAGAGAGAGAUAGAUUGAUUGCGUGAAACGUGGGAGAGUGUGAGACAAGACAGACUGAACUUGCGACUGAACGAUAUAGCGAGACUGUGUAAAAAAAGAUUUAAGAAGAAACUAAAGAAAAAAAAUAACUCGAGACGAAAACGAAUCGACGGGGAAGAAGAAACAUUGGAGAAACUAUAUUUUCGGGGAUUUUUUCACGGAUUCACGGAUGAGAAGGAAGAUGCGAGGAGAGAUGGAAUGUUGAUAACGGGUGAGUUUUGAUUACGAAUGCGUGCUUCUCGUGAGCAUUCUCAACCUUUUUUUUUUUUAAAUGGUAUUCCCGUAAUUAAUACUUUAUACGUUUUUAUUUGAUAAGAAAUGGAUAAUUCUGUUUGGUUAUUCAAGCAAAUUGUUGUUCGGGGAGAGAUGUGUUUAACUGUAAAUGUUUUUUAUAUGCCAUGGUCAUCUACAGGUGGAGGCUUAGUAAGUCAUAUCUUGGAAAAAUUAAUACGAAUUACAGAGAAUACAAAAUUGGACAUGAUAUAACACAGGAUGCAAGAAAAUAACAAAUUCGAGAAGGCUCAUAAAAGAUACAGAUGUAUAAACAUUCAUAGAAACAUUAUUAAUACGUUAGGCGUCUGUAUGACGCGGUUUGAGGCACACUUAUUAAAAGAAAAAUCGAACUAACAUCACUAAAUAACACGUUUUGUUUGGUAUAAAAUGAUUCACUAACUCAGAAUACAUUCUUAAGACACUAUACAACGAGAAUUUUCUUUGUAUAACACAAACAAAUUAUACAUCCUCGAGAAUCGCGUUAUAUCAUGAUAGUCGUACCAAUAUUUGAACUUCAGUCUUACAAGCCAAUGACUUAUCUUAAGUUUGCCAAUUAAUAUUAAUAGGAUCGCUAUUGCUUGUAUACGUACAUUUAACGUCAUCGUAUUAGUAUUAUAUAUAAUAUGAUAUAAUGAUAUAUGUAACUGUAUAAUCAUUAUACAUAAUAUAAUGUAAUAUAACGAUAUGUGUAAUGUUACAUAUGUAAUUACACGAUCAUUAUAUAAUAUACGAUAUCAUUAUAUGACUAUAUGACCUUGACAAGCUGUUCUACGAAUACCAUCUCGAACUAAAAACAGAAUUACGUGUAACGUUUACAUUUGAACACGUAUCUUCCCGAAUAAUAACAAUUUGCUGAAAAUAAACGGUGGUGAACGCUAGUCGACAAGGCACGCAUUCUCGAGUGUUGCGGUCUCGCGUGAGGAAUAGCAGUCGUAGUCGACGGAGUUGCGUACGUGUGACGAGCUAGUUUGGCAGAGGUGGACAAAAAGCUUAUCGAGACGCGAGUGUUGAAUAACGAAUAAAAAAUAAGGAGAUUUUUACGCAUCGUUUGUUCCAUAAAAUAAUAAUAAUAAUAUUAAAAAAAAAAAAAGAAAGAUAAAUUCCAAAGUGUAAAAUUUAAAUAUAGUUCACGUUGAGCGAAUAGAAAUUUAGUCGUGUAACCGUUCGAUCGAAUAAACGUUGCGUGGAGAUUGCUGUACAGCGUUCUUUAUUCGUUAUCUGUUAUACGAAUGAAAUUUCGCCCAUCUCUGGUAGUCGGGAGUGCGAGAAUUUUCGUAUGGUGUGUCUCUCUGCGAAGCUUGUUUGUUUUUUUGGGCGGCUUAUGUUCUCGCCCCAAGGACGUUAAAUCGAUAACAUUAUGAUAAGGGAGAUUGUAUCCUCGACGAAGUGUUUAGGCGUAUCACGAGGAGGUAGAUUUCGUGGUUAGAGAGCGAGCACGAAGGAACGAUAGAAAUGAAAAUGCAGAUUGCCUGAGAGAGAACCGGGAAGAAGAGAAGAGAAAGAAUCUUUGUCAUCCAAUAGUCAACGUAAAAGUCUGCGAACUUACAAUUAUUAUUAUAUAAAGGAACGGAGGGUCCUUCGAACACAUAA